AUGCCUUCAUUAGCCGAGCCCCGAUUUACAUCCCCUUACCGUUGGCGUUUUCGUACACCUGUACCUUUCCAUCCAUUAUUCCAACACAGCUGGGUUUCGCGUGGUCCACAACGAUCCUAUAAUUACGUUUUUGAUUCGCACCUGACUGCCAGUCGGACCGUUAGACGCCCUAUUUCGUCCCACUUGCGGUCAUCUACAUUUCGUUCCUCUAAGUAUCACACAAAAUGUAGGCGUCGUUACUCUAAGAAAUGGAAACCUGCUCUCAAUCCGAGUGAUCCUCUAAAUCUCCAGGACCUUAUGAAAGAGACAGAUCGUCGCCGAAUUGAAGGGCUUUCUCCACCACAUGGUGACUCUCGUCUUAAUACUCCCGCUCUGAGCGUAAAUGGUGAGCUUGACGGAACCAGUCCUAAUGCUAUUGAUCCUCCAAAUUCAAAUCCCUCGCGAUCCUCACUUAAUCGCAACGGGAAGAGGAGUCCCUUGUCUUACCGUGCUAGUGGUUUGGGUUUAAGGAAUUCGCGGAGGCUGAGGUGGCAAGGUAGGCGGAUGCCUCUUACCGGAAACUAUCCUGAUUACUAUUCCAGGCGGAAUCCGGAUGAUAGGAUUAAAGUUCUCAUGCCUGAGUGGUUCUCAAACAGUGAUGUCGCGGAUUAUGGAUGUCACAAUGGUACAGUUACAUUUAAGAUUCUCGAGCAAUUCCCUGACGUAAACAGGAUCGACGCUUUCGAUUGUGAUGCAGAAUUGAUUGAAAACGCCAAAAGCUUACAAAGGGAGAAGAUUCGUUGGUCGAACCAGAAUUGUGCAAAUUUUGAGAAAAUUAACUUUCAAGUUGCCGAUUGGAGUGAUUGUGCAUCCACGGAUGAUGAUCCCACCUACAACAUAGUUCUCGCCUUCAGUGUCACUAAAUGGAUACACUUGAACUACGGUGAUGCGGGUUUGAUGCGCUUCUUUCGUCGGGUGUUUAACUUACUGAAGCCUGGUGGUCAUCUUUUGUUAGAACCCCAACCAAAGGCCUCCUAUAAGAACAGCAGGUUUACAAUUAAACAACAAGAAAACUACAAGGCAAUGACAAUUGACCCAUCAAACCUGGAGCCUAUCCUUCUUGAUAUUGGUUUUUCGUACUUUGAUAAAAUCAAGGUUCCACGCCCAAAUGAAUCAUUUCAGAGGUGCAUUAUGCUGUGCUCGAAGUCGUACGGUGCGACUCCCUCCUCCAUUCGCAACGAUUGUCGUGAGGCGGCCCACUUUUGGGGAGGCUCUCCCACAUUGUCCGAUACACUUGGGGCACCUGCAGGUCCGCCGCCUGUGCGCUACUGUCCUCAAACCCCGAAUUAUUCCUCAGCAGUUUCUCCUGCAGCACUAAAUGCAAACCCCUCUUUCGAGUCCUCUGACACCACUCCGAAUGCCACCUGCGUUGGCGACGUUCUCCAGUCUGCAAUUAUUUCGAGUACUGUGCCCUUCACGAAUUGGGAUAUAACUUCAGGUGUGGUUACUCCUCACGAUCCAUUUGAUAGAGGGGCGGAGGUCGCUAACUGCUCCACCAUUUCAGCUCCCGAUUCCACUUCCCAAAACUGA